AUGGCCCUCAAACGAGGCACUCGGGUGCAUCCGCGACCUGUGAAAGCGCCAGGACCAGUGCUCCUCCCCCAGCCAUUUCGCGAAAGGUUGUGCGAGGAGGUCUCUCUUAGCGCCAUAAAGGUCGGCAAUCUGGAUUUUGAAGCCAGAGUACCCGUUCCCUUCAGCAUCUUCCCUUCGUCUUACAAAGACGAAAAGCCCGCUGAGGCUGCUCAGACCACCACUGUCCAAACCCACGAAGAGGUUGAGAUCAAGCUCCCCGAGAAGAAAGCCGGACGGGAAGGUCAAUACUCUUCGCCUCAGGCCUCUGUCCACCUUCCUCCUCGCGGAGAGCAACGUUACAGCGAAGAAGAGGUCCGUAUAACUCGUGAAGAGAAGCAUCACCACCGUCCCGGUGUCCAGCACACGCACUACGAAGAACACGAACGCAGACCUGCCAGCGCCUUUUCCGAGACUUACGUCGAGGUAGACCGCCAGCACCGCCCUUCGUACACCGCAAUCGAUAAGAUCGAGCGCGAGUACCGUAGCCGCAACCAGGCCACCUACAAAGAGGACAUCCGCGUUUCCGGUACCACCGUAGACGCUCCCAGCCACUUCUCUAGCCACUCCCCCUCCUACGACGAGCAAGUUCGUGUUGAGACUACCGUCGAGUCAUCGAAGCCUGCUCCCUCCUACCACAAGGAGACCAAGAUCGUUGAGGAAACUGUAGAGUAUCCUCGAUCUUACCACUCAGGCGCUCAAAAGUCUAGAAUGGGAUAUUACGACGAAUCGGGACAUCAUCACUCUAUCCGUCACGGACUUCACAAAAUGGCCGACAAAGUCUUCCACCACCACGACCACCAUGAGGUCAGCGGUGCCCCGAGCGCUUCUCGGUCUUUCGACCAGCCUCGCGGUGUUCCCAACACCGUCACCAUCCCUUGCCACCACAUCCGCAUGGGCGACAUCUUGAUCCUGCAAGGCCGUCCUUGCCAGGUCAUCCGCAUCUCUACCUCGGCUGCUACUGGCCAGCACCGCUACCUCGGUGUUGACUUGUUCACCAAGCAGCUGCACGAGGAGUCAUCUUUCGUCUCCAACCCCGCCCCCAGCGUUGUUGUCCAGACCAUGCUCGGCCCUGUCUUCAAGCAGUACCGUGUCUUGGAUAUCCAGGAUGGCUCCGUUGUCGCCAUGACUGAGACUGGCGAUGUCAAGACCGGCAUCCCCGUCACUGACCAGUCUGGUCUCUGGACCCGCCUCUCCAAGGCUUUCGAGUCUGGUCGCGGCAGCGUCCGUGUUCUUGUCCUCAACGACGGUGGCCGUGAGCUCGUUGUUGAUGUCAAGACCAUUCACGCCUCAAGCCUUUAAAUGUGCAAAUACCUAAUGCCACUCAUGAUGUAUGGAUUAUAAACGGAGUCAAGUAUCUUUGCAUUACAUAGGGACAUUUCUUGCACAUAUGGAUUAGGCCGGUUAGCUCCUCACAUUUUACGUAGAGCUGAUGUAGCGAUGGAUCUUGUGAGGUGGGAAAAUUUGUUGUCACGUUAUUCGGUAGAUAGUAUCUCUGUGUAUGGCUGGGUAAUUGAUUGUUCACGUUGUCUAC